UGCCCUGAUCCCACGUAUAUUAAUAAAUUUCACAUGCUAUUAAAGAUAACCUCAAAUAUGAUGAUUUGUUAGUGAUUUAAUGUAUAAUUUUAAAUAGUAUUACAAGGUAGAAUAAAAAUUACGUUGUUGUGUAAACUUGAAGUAUCGUGACAUUAAAGAAAUGUCGAAUUCGCUCGUUCAUAAAAGCUUGGAAUUGGUUUGGGAUACGGAGCUGCAUCGUACGCGGAAAAACGGACAGAAUACUGCUCACGCUUCGCACAAAAAUUCAGUAUCUACGGUGACAGAUCAGAAGAAAUGUCUGUGUAGAGAACAAAAGCGGAAGAAGAAAUGUAAAAAUAUCAAAUACAAAGGAGUUUUGGAUUUAAUUCCUGCUAAACACAGGAUCAAUUCCGCAAGCGAUAAUAUAGAUAUUUCUACCAUUCUGAGCAAAUCCAGCAAAACCGUUUAUGAAACUCAGAAACACAUAGCUGCUCAGCAGGAUCCUACUGACGAUAACAUAAAAAGGCUUCUCUCACUCAGUAGUUAUUCACUAAAGCCUGAAACUGCGAGUAAUUUGCUGCAACGAGCUGUAAGAGAAAGGUAUAAGAAGAAAGAGAAAAAGAAAGAACCAGAAGAAACGAUCUUUACUGAAGAAGAUUUCAAAAAGUUUGAACAGGAGUACCAAGAGUAACAUUGAAUUAUACAAGUAGUGCAAUGUACAGAUCUUCAAACGUAAACUAGAAGCAGUUAACUAUGUUUGACAACGAUCGGCAAAGAGGAAAAGCGAUAUUGAUAUUGACGC